CCUCUCCUUCGUCCCCUCCCCGCCGUGCUCCUGUCCUCCCUGCCUCGCCGUUCUUCUCCUGCCGCCCAUCCGGCCGCCGCCGCUCUCCCCGCCGAGCUGGCCGCUGCUACUCUCCCUGCCGAGCUGGCCGCCGCCGCUCUCCCCGCCGAGCCGGCCCCUCGAUGCGGUGCUCCCCCGUUAGUCCUCCUUCUGGAUCUGCUGCAGGUGCUUGAUGCGGUGCUCCUCCUUCGUCGUCCCAGGCGCGGCGCCCUCCGGCUGCCCGCGUGGAGGGCAGCCGGGCCCCAUGGCUCCCGGCCAAGGGCGUCGUGCUUGCCUCCGACACGGGGCGGACGAGGAGGUCGCGGGGCCAUCGACUCUGCUCGACAUGCGCAGCGAGCAAGAGUUCGUUCUACGCAUCAAGAAGGAAGUGGAGAGAGGGAAGUUGCCUCCAGAUGUUGCUGAUAACUUUGAAAACCUGUACUACAAUUACAAGAAUGCGGUCCUACAAAAUGGGGAUCCAAAUGCAUAUCGGAUCAUGCUUUCCAACAUGAUGGAUUUAUUUGACCGCGAUCUGCUGGAUGCAGAUGUCCUAUUUCUAUGCCUGUCACCUUCCCAAUUCGCUCUUAAAUUUUCUCUUUGUUCCAAGAUGCAUCUUUUACACAAAUCUUCAUGUUCUUUUGCAGAAUCCAUUUACGUUUCAGCCUUAUCACAAGGCCAUCAGAGAACCAUUUGACUAUUACACCUUCAGUCAAAACUACAUUAGGCUACUGGUAGAUUUUAGGUGUGGUUUACUUAAUGCCUUCUAAAUCUCCGUCGUAACCACCGUCGAUCGCCCGCAC